UGAACUCAGACAGCCAGGAUGCUCGGGGCCACUGCUACCCUGCAGGAGUUAAAGUAUGAGAAAGUGCUUCUGUAACCAGUCUGAGUACCACUUUCAACUGAGUAUUGUUUGAGGGUUGUGAGCGAGCCAUCGAAGACUCCCAGAGGGAUCCCGGCAGCUGGUAGCCCCGCCCCGCUCUUAUCGGAGCCCCCAACGCGCCACUCCUCACCCCCCAGUUUCCCUCCGGUCUCCUUCGCUGAUACCCUCGCCUCCUAUCCCUACCACAUCCCAGCCAUGGCUCUGGUUCUGCAGCUGCUGCUGUUGCUGCUGUCAAGAGCCCAGGGAGACCCCGGGGCUUCACUGGACGGCCGCCCUGGAGACCGGGUGAAUUUCUCCUGCGUAGGGGUCUCGCAUCCCAUCCGCUGGGCCUGGGCCCCUAGCUUCCCGGCCUGCAAGGGCCUGGCCAAAGGACGCCGCCCAAUCCUGUGGGCCUCAUCGAGCGGGACCCCCACCGUGUCUCCAGUCCAGCCCUUUGCUGGUCGCCUACGUGCCCUGGACCCUAGUAUCCGGCGGCUGGAGCUACUCCUGAGCGCGGGGGACUCAGGCACCUUUUUCUGCAGGGGCCGCCACGAGGAAGAAAGCCGAACGGUGCUUCACGUGCUAGGGGACGGGGCUGAUUGCAGGGCACCGGGGCCUACCCACGGGUCCAUGAAUCCCCAGCUUCUGAUCCCCCUGCUGGGCGCUGGGCUGGUGCUGGGACUCGGGGCGUUAGGCGUGGUCUGGUGGUGGCUCAGAUUUGAUCCACUCGUGAAAGUCAAGCCCCAGAGGCCAGUAAAGGAGGAGGAGCCUAAGACUGCAGGAGACCUGGACCAGGAGGCGAGCCUGCUCUACGCAGACCUGGAUCAUCUGGCCCUCAGAAGGCCCCUGCGGUUGUCCCCAGUGGUCCCGACUGAUGCCUCCACCAUCUAUGCAGUUGUAGUUUGAAGGGAAGCCCUUAUUCCAAACCUCACAAGCUGGAGGUUCCCACCUCUCCACAACUCCCCACCCCUUCUUGGCCCCUCACCUGGCAAAGGAAUGCACCACAGGAUAGAAAUGAGUGCUAGCCUGAGCGUCAGGAGCCCUGGGUUCCCUGCUAUCUCUGCCACUGACUUGCUCCUCCAGUUACUCCAUUUCUCCUAUAACUUACAUGUGUUCUUCACCACUGGUGCCCUCUCUAAACCUGAUCAAGCCCUGCGUGCCUCUCUUAAGACAUCAACAAGUCCUAGAUAGUUGUCUUUUCCCUUCCCUCUACAGUCCAGCUCUUUGAACCAGGGGCCUACACCUUCUCUUUUCCUUCACUCACUCCCACUGCUCAUCAGCUCUCCAUGAGGUUGCCAGUGAGGUCCUAAUGGCCACACCCAGUAGAGUUUUUAGCUUGGUCUUUGAUUACUUCCUUCUUUAAUGCUGGCAUCUUCCUUUUGGACUCUUCUUCCUUGCUCCCUACCCCCAUAGUAUUCCCCACCAUUCUACGUUCUUUAUCUGACUCCCCUCUCUUCUGGGAAUCUGUCUUCCACAGCCAGUCCUCAGCCCUCACCUCUGCAAACACCAACUCAGAACUCUCUCCAGCUCAGAUCUCAAGUAAUGGGAUUUCCCAUCCAUCCCCGGGACAUCCCUGCCUGGUCGGCUGUAGGCAUUUUGCCCACAGCAUAUCCAAAACCCAACUCAUCGUCAUUCACUUAAUCCUCCUCUGCAGUCUCUCUUGAUCAACCAGUUGCCUAAGCCAGAAACUGGGAGUCAUGCAGACCUCCUUCUGCUCACUCCCACACAACGAACCAAGUCCUGUCUAUUUUAAUGUCACUGUGAAAUCCAUACCCUUCUUCAUGCCCAGGGCUGCCACCUGAAUAUACUCUCCUCAUUUCCUCCCUGGGUGACUCACAGCCCCACCUCAUCCUCUUGCCCCUGCCCUCCUCCCUGAAGCCAGAGAGAUCCUCCCCAAAUGUGAACCUUCUCCUCACAGCCUGUGUUCCAGAGUUGCAGGAUUUCUUCCCGUAACCUUCAGCUCUGGACCCAUGGGCCCUGGCUUUGGGUACAAGGUGCUGGCAGCACUCUGCCUACCCUCCAGGCUUGUCUCUGUCACUCCACAUACGCACAACAUGCCAGCCUGGGAGAGAUUAUCCCAGCCUCCAAAUAUGCCUUCGCACCACACAAGUCCUAGGUCACCCUUUUUCCUCCUCCCCACUACCUUCCUGGCUAAUUCUUCUUUACCCCCAAGACUUAGUUGAAAUGUAGUCGUUUCUGGGAAGCCAUUCCUGACCCUCUUUGCCUACCCCUGCAUACAUUUUGAUCCUGCAGGCAGUCUCCCUGUUUAUCUCUUAGCAACAACAUCCUGUGAAUUGUUCCAUCACAACCUGUAUUUCAAUUUCAAUGUACUGUGAGUUCCCUGCUAUCAGGAGACUGACCCUUUUAUAUUACUGCUAAGCCUCAGUAAAUGAGUGAAUGAAAA